AUGAGUCUUCGGCAACAAACUUACAACUCUCAAUCGGUUAAAUGGCCUGAUAAAGAAUAUAAUAAUAACUAUCACGAUUUAGAGAUUUUAAAUAAUAAUUCUAUCAAUUUUAUCCGACCAGAAACACCUGUUAAUUCUCCAAAUGAUGCUAACAUUGCUUCUGAAGAGAAAAUAAAAGACUUAUUACCUUGUAUUAAUACAAGUGCUCAUUCCUCCUCACAACACAUUAAACCAUCAUCACAAGAUUGCCCGGUUAAUAUACAUAACGAAGUCGAAGUCAAAAAGCCAACCUCUGAUUCGACUAAAUAUAGUUUAGAAAAAACUAAAAGACCUAAAAGAUCUAGUAUAUACAAAGUCAAAUUUGCCAUAGACCCUGAUUAUAAUCAAUCGGAAAAAAAAGAGGAAAAAAGUGAUGAAAUAAUAAAAGACGGUAGUAAUAAUGAAAAUGUUGAGUCACCAAAGUCGCCUGCGAAAAAUUCGAAGGCCUAUCGACGUGCAUCUGCUCCUGCUCAUGGAAUGCCCUUUGUCUACUUUUCGACUUCGGAAAUUACCUCAAUACAUUACUUUGGACAGAAAAGCCAUAAAGAGCAUGAUUUGAAUAAUCAAAACUAUAAAAUACCAACAGAUAAUGCUAGACAACUUGAACAAAUUAGUGGUAAUACUUCUCCUUCAUUGUCUUCUCCAUGUUCUUCGAUAUCUUCCUCUUGCUCGUCACCUGUAUCAAGUCCUGCGCGGUCAACGCAAACGCAACAGCACUCAUCUAACAAAAAAUCAUUACAGACUUUUAAUCCACCAUUUCAACCUGGAACUUUUCUUUCCCAGCCAGUAACUUCACCUAUUACCGCGAGGUCAAGAUCAAGAAGUAUUUCUACUGAAAACCAUAUUCCAAUCAGUGAUUCAUUGCCUGAUAUAGUUACUGCAGAAUCCUACCAAAAUCUUCCUUGGUCACCCGCUGUAAACUUUUUAGCUAGUUUGGCUCAGUCUACUGUGUCUAAACCAAUGCCUUAUGAUGAAGGUCAGCAAAUUGGUGAUUAUAUUAUUGGUAAAGUGAUUGGUCGUGGUGGCUUCUCCACAGUAAAAGAAGCUAUUAAGAUGAACAAUGAUUAUGAUAUAGAAAAAGCUGCUGUUAAAAUAGUACGCAAAAAUCAAGAAUCAGAUAGCGAUCGCAUUCAGGAACUUUUAUAUAGAGAAAUCAGUAUAUGGCGUGAGCUCGUUCAUCCCAAUAUUGUACAAAUUAUUGCUCGCGAAGAGGAUGAAUAUGCUACCUAUGUGUUUUCUGAAUAUUGCCCUGGAGGCACUCUUUUGAACUAUAUAAAACAAAAUUGUAAAGGUGAAAACAAGGGGCUAGAUGAAAAUGAAGCACGUAACAUCUUUCUGGAAAUUGCAGAAGGUUUACGAUACUUACAUAAUGACAUGAGAUUAGUACAUAAAGAUAUAAAAUUGGAUAAUAUUUUGAUAGAUAUGGAAGAAACAUGGAAAAUUUGCGACUUUGGUUUGACAGAAUUUCAAAAUGAUGAAAAUGAUUUUGGCGGUCUUUCUGAGGAAGCUGGCGGGUCACUUGCUUAUUGUGCUCCAGAACAAGCACGUAGUAAAACCUCUCUAAAGGAUCCAGCCGUUGACAUAUGGAGUCUAGGUGUUGUACUUUAUGCCCUUGUGACAAAUAAAUUACCUUUCAUGGAUGAUUUCGUACCUCGUUUACAAUACAAGAUCAUAAAUGGUCGAUAUGACGAGUCGGCACUUUACGAGUCCGGUUGUUCUGAUGAUUUACGAGAUUUGUUAAAAAAAAUGUUCAAGACGAACCCUACGCAACGAUUAACCAUAAAUGGAGUCUUGGAACAUCGAUGGUGUCAACGAUGA